AGGGGGGCACGGCGCGGGCGGGCACGGCGCGGCACGGCAUGGGGUGGCACACCAGCAGGGCCCCCGGCCCCACGGCGCACAGGCGCUCCCCGGGGGUGCCCCGCGGCUGAGAGCCACCCCAGCCCCGGAUUGCAGAUCUGGCCGGGAGAACAUGGCCGCUCCAGCGAGGAUGUUCCCAGUUGCCCUGUGGACACCGACUCCGACUCCCUGGCCGGGAGGGAACAGCACGGCCGCGGAGGAGGCGAAGUGCGUCUUCAACGAGGAGUUCAAGUUCAUCCUGCUGCCCAUCUCCUACGGCAUCGUGCUGGUGGUGGGGCUGCCCCUCAACACCUGGGCCAUCUGGAUUUUCGUCUCCAGGAUGAGGCCCUGGAACGCCACCACCACCUACAUGUUCAACCUGGCCGUCUCCGACACGCUCUACGUCCUCUCCCUCCCCACCCUGGUCUACUACUACGCCGACCGCAACAACUGGCCCUUCGGGAAGGCGCUCUGCAAGAUCGUGCGCUUCCUCUUCUACGCCAACCUCUACAGCAGCAUCCUCUUCCUCACGUGCAUCAGCGUGCACCGCUACUUGGGUAUCUGCCACCCCAUCCGCUCCCUCAAGUGGGUGAAGACCAAGCACGCGCGCCUCAUCUGCGUGGGCGCCUGGCUCGUCGUCACCAUCUGCCUCAUCCCCAACCUCAUCUUCGUCACCACCAGCUCCAAGGACAACAGCACGCUGUGCCACGACACCACCAAGCCCGAGGAGUUCGACCACUACGUGCACUACAGCUCCUCCGUCAUGGCCCUCCUCUUCGGCGUCCCCUUCCUGGUGAUCGUCGUGUGCUACUGCCUGAUGGCCAAGCGCCUCUGCAAGCCCAGCUUCUCCAGCCCCGGCCCCCGCGUGCCCUCCUUCAAGCAGCGCUCCAUCAAGAUGAUCAUCAUCGUCCUCACCGUCUUCGCCGUCUGCUUCGUGCCCUUCCACAUCACCCGCACCCUCUACUACACCUCCCGCUACUUCCAGGCCGACUGCCAGACCCUCAACAUCAUCAACUUCACCUACAAGAUCACGCGGCCCCUGGCCAGCAUCAACAGCUGCCUGGACCCCAUCCUGUACUUCAUGGCGGGGGACAAGUACCGGGGCCGGCUGCGGCGGGGGGCGGCCCAGCGCCCCCGGCCCGCGCCCACCUCCCUCCUGGCCCUGGUGUCCCCGUCGGUGGAGAGCAGCGUGGUGGGCAGCUGCUGCACCAGUGACCCUCGAGGGAUGGGGACGGCGCGAAGCGGAGGUGGGCGCUGAGGGGCGAGGCAGGGGAACGCUGCGGGGGACCCCUGGUCCCCCAAACCUGCCCAGAGCACUGACCCCAGGUCCAAGGGUGGGCGGCUGUGGGGCACAUCCCAUCCCACGGCGUUCCUGGGGACACACGAGGGCAGGCAGGUCACCGAGAAGAUGGCACACCUGUCCCUCCCCGGGCACACGUGGCCUCCCGGUCUGCUUGACAGCAGUGUGCAGGGGCCAGGCUGACUCUGGGGACAGAGAAGGAGCACCCCUGCCUCAUGGGGUGGUGACACACGGACAGCCAGAGCAGUGGCCACGGACCUGUCUGGGGUCUUCCUUGAGCCUUUGCCACUUGAUCCAAUGCUGCCCGUGGAUGGGGCCGGGGGUCGAGCUUCCCACUACUGCUGUCCUGCACGGUCCCUGUGGU